AUGUUGGACAAGGGAAGUGGGCAAUCGCGGGGCUUUGGCUUCGUGACCUUCGCCACCAGCAGCGCCAUGGAAUCUGCUCUACGCGCAAACCACUCCGUCGAUGGUCGGUCGAUUACAUGCAAAAGAGCUGUGCGCGAUACAAAGCAAGGUGGGAAGCAGGGCCGUGAGGAUUCCGGCGGUGGAAUGUACAAUGUCGUGAAGAUAUUUGUGGGAGGGCUGCCCGCUUCCUGCGACCUCGACAAGCUGAAAUCUCACUUUUCUCAGUUCGGAGAAAUCCACGAUGCGGUGGUCAUGAUGGAUGCUCAGACCCAAAGGCAUCGUGGCUUUGGUUUCGUCACUUUCAAAGAUCCGAGUGGCGUGGAGGCGGCCCUCUCCAACGACAAGCUGAACAAAAUCGACAAUAAGUGGGUCGAGGUCAAGCGAUGCAUGCCGCAGGAAGUGAUGCGAUCUCGAGAAGGUGGCAAGAAGGACAAUGUAGAAGCCGAGCGUAACGGACCAGCUUACCACGGACCAGGACCGCCCGGACCACCCGGACCACCAGGGCCCCCUCCAGGUUACUACCCUCCUCCACCUUAUGGAGGUUAUCCUGGGUAUCCGCCGCCUGGCUAUGGCGGCUACCCGUAUGGUUACUAUCCACCUCCCCCGGAUUACUAUGCAGCUUACGGCUAUCCUCCUCCCCACGCAUAUCCAUAUGGCUACCCGCCACCAGCGCCAACCAGCUUGGAGCCUGACGACAAGCGCAGCCGCUCGCGCAGCCGCCGCCGACGACGCCGCAGUUGA